AACAAUAGUUCAUCUUUUUGAAAGGAACAAAAUAUUCGUAAAUGGAAGCCAGUAGAUAGCAGGGGCUGAGGAUUGAAUACCUGCAACAGAAAUUGAAUGUGUGAUGUUUGUUGGGACAAAUUCUGCACUAUUCUUAGUAGCUUAGAAUGAAGGCUAGCUGAUAUCUCUAUGAAACUUCCUAAUUUUAAAAAUGACCCCGAGAAUUAGUUUGCCAACCAUAGGGCCUAAGUUGAUCCUUCUGUUCAGCGUUUCGAUAAGAAAACUCAGCGUCAAUGCAUCCUAUUGAAAGACUGGUAAACAAUCACAUACAACUCUGUUUGGAUGAAGAAAGGACGCUCACUUCUGACCACGAAUUGAUUUUCGGCUUGUUUAUACAGGUGGCACAAAGCGAUCAAAAAUCAUAAAUUAUUCCAGUACAUCGUGCUUUUCUUGCUUCAAAAAAUAAAUCGUGGUCAGGUUUUUCAAAUAGAAACGUAAUUUUUGCCUUGCUGCAGAUAAUUCCAUAGUAAUUUUUAUUAUUGAUUAUGAUAAUCCUUUCAUCACUAAUUUUUGUUGAUAAAAUAGAUUUAUAUUGAUUGCUGCGCUAUCUUGAUUAGUACCAUAUUCAGGUUUAAGGAAUUCCUUUUCCAAAAAGAAAACCGUUGUUGAUAAAUUAUCAUGUCUCCAGUACAUUUGUUGGUUUUUAGGUGGCAUAUAGAUUACACCGCCGGCCACUUGACGCGUUGCGCCUAAAAACGAUAAAAUUGGAAUCCCGCGGAUUACCUGCGUGAUUUCUGCAAUUUUUUGAGGCACUUGCAGGAAAUGAGAGUGAACGCACCGAUCCAAACCAUUUUAAUCAGCAAAAAAUUACUAGUAAAGUAGCCUUUCAACAGUUUCUGUUAUAUGAAAGACAUUUUUCAAAGUGCAAAACGCAUUGAUGAAGCAAUAGGCUUUUAUAUUGUAUGCUUUGAAGGGGUUACUUGGAAGGGUUAUAGUAAUGAUUAAGCGAAACUGGCUAGGACUUGGUGCCUAUGAGCAGGACUAGAAAAUAGGUAAAAUGUUGAUGGAAGUCAUCUUGGUCAUCCCAGCCUUGUUUCCUACUUAAGUCCUCUCGAGAUUUUGAACAGAUAUUGUUCAGCUUCUGAAGUCGUACGCUUCGAUCUUUCGUUCGAUUUAGUCUUCUAUGUAUCCACAUGCUGGAAUUAAAUCGCAGAAUGCAGGAAUGCCUAAUGGCAUAUGUUGUUUUUUGGCUAAGAGGCAAUGAGAAUAUGCCUAGGUAUUGUCUUUUUGCCUUCUAUGCCUGGAAAGACGGCGCCGAGUAAAUUCAUGGCAGGACAAACCCGCACGUUUCACGACUCCGCAUCACUCUGUAUGCUAUAGCAAGUGGCUGUAUUGAGUUCAAGUACGGCUAGCUCGUGCCUUGUUUGAAAACCUAGUUCAAAAUUAAUGCCUGUAAACAGUUUUCAGCUCGUUAUUUUUAAAAAUUCUCAUAGAAACUUGUGAUAGUUUUAUACUUUCGGUCAUAAGGCAGCAAUUAGCUGUACGUAAUUUGACAGAGGGGUUUCCUUGGCUGAUAACUUUCUUGUUAGUCUGCUGAUCUUUGCUGAUAACCGGAAAUCACCAAACACAUCUGCUGCAAACGAGUGAUGGGAGCAUCAAUGGCAGUUGCUGUUGCUGAAGAAAUUUCUGAAGACCCUCAGAUUCCCAUACAGUUUGAUGCUUCGUGUGUCAAGGUUUCAAAAAUGCCAAAGAAAAUAGAUUCCAAAUUUGAACAUUUCAUGGGCAAGUGUUUCAUACUUCAAAAAGAGAAAAAGUCUUUGGAACUGCAGAUUCGCGUCGAGUUGGAUAACUGGCGAAGCCGGGCGAAAGCUGGCGCCCCAACCGCCGAAUGUCGCCACCGACUGAGUGUGUACCUUAAAAGAUUCAAAACUGCCCAAGAAACACAAGAUAUUUUAAUUGAAAAAGAAAAGACGCGUCUUGGAAACUACGAAAAUGAAUGCGACGAGGAUAAAGUGAAUGAACUCAAAAACAAACUUAAAUUCUUUUCUGUAUUGAAUAAGCAACAUGAAAAAUUACUGGAGAUGGUGCGACAAGAUGUGCAAGAUUGCAGAGCAAUUUGUCGCAAAUUUACUGAAAAUGACGAUUCACAAAUCAGGUAUCGUAUUUCUCCAAGAAAUUAGAAUGAAUGCUUUGAAUGCAAUAGCAGUAGCAAAGGAUUUGGGUAUUCGUCAUCAAAGCUUGUCUUCACAUGAUUUGACACUACACUAGAUGAUUUAGGUAUCUCAAUGAGAAUACAGCAAACACCUGAUGAAAUUCAAUGUUUUAAAAUGAUUAAGUUACUUUUGAUUGAGCUGAAUCAUUCAGAAGAUAGAAAUUGUAGUUUUCACUCAUUGAAAAAAUUUGUUUUUACAA